UUUUUAGGGUUAGGGCUCAACACACACACAGAGGUUUUGAAGGAAGAAGAAGGUAUAAAGAGAGAAGAAGAAUGAGGAAGAGACAAGUAGUUGUGAGAAGAUCAGAAGAUCCACAAAGAAGUGUAGUGAAAUAUGGAGAGUGUCAGAAGAAUCAUGCAGCUAAUGUUGGAGGUUAUGCUGUUGAUGGUUGUAGAGAGUUCAUGCCAAGUACAAAUGGUUCUCUCACUUGUGCUGCUUGUGGUUGUCACAGAAACUUUCACAAAAGAGAAGUUGAAGUUGUUUCUGAGAGUUCUUCACCUCAUUCAAAUGGUACUUGAAACUGUUUCAUAACUAUACCUUAUAUGGUAUUCUUGUAAUAUAUUUGUGUUUUGCUUGUGUUAUAUAUAUAAGACUUGUUUGGUAUUUUAGUAUAUAUAUUAUUAUAUACUAAAUUUAUCUUUCUAGAGUGAAAGUAUAUAUAUAUUUUUAUGUGGUUUUGAAGGUUGAUUUAUGUAAAGGGUAAAAAAGGAAAAGUAAUUCAUGAUAUGUUUUUGGUUUUGAGAAGAGAAAAGUGCAAAGUUUUGCUAA